GAUAGGCAUAUCUACCUCUACAAAAGCACAAAUCAAGUCUACCCGAUGGUGCUCUUCGCCAUAGGUGUACCUGCCAACGUCCUUACCAUUGCAACCAUCGCCAGGAUGAAUGUCGUCACCCCUGCCACCAUCAUGGUCGCCUUUCUCGCCGGCAUUGACAUUACUGCACUGACGUCGAAGCUCACCAUCAUAAUUUUAGGGUAUUCCCUAAACAUUCUCGGAAAAUCCAUUUGCGAACUUUUCCCUUUCACCGGGUUCUACUUUGUGAUCUUGUCCAGUUGGGUUGUUAUUCUGAUAUGCGCUGAACGGUUCGUCGCCAUAUGUUACCCCUUACGCGCGGGGAAAAUUUUCACAAAACGUCGCAGCUGCAUCAUCAUAUUUGCGCUGACGACCGCUUUCGCGAUAUUUUUGAUCGUGUUUGGAAUGACA